UCAAUGAUUCUUAGUGCUUGGGCUAUCAAUUAAUAACAAGUGACCAUGCAUUCCAAACAUCCAUGCAAGCAAGUUGAGCUAAAUUUCAAACAUCUCAACAAAUAAUAUCUCCAUAUAUACUAACCCCACACUCUUCUUUCUAGCUCCAAAAACUAUGGAACUCUCAUGGGAGUCAAGUGUGGAAGAAUCCAUCAAUGCCAUCUAUCUCCUCUUCUCAGCCUACUUAGUGUUCGUCAUGCAACUCGGCUUCGCCAUGCUGUGCGCGGGCUCGGUCCGGGCCAAGAACGCCAUGAACAUCAUGCUCACCAACGUGGUCGACGCCGCCGUGGGCAGCCUCUCCUACUUCUUGUUCGGGUUCGCCUUCGCCUUCGGGGAGGGCCCGAACGAGAACCCCUUCAUCGGGACGAGCUACUUCGCCCUGAAAGACGUCCCCACGGCCUCCUACGACUACAGCUUCUUCCUCUACCAGUGGGCCUUCGCCAUCGCCGUCGCCGGAAUAACUAGCGGCUCCAUUGCGGAGAGGACUCAGUUCGGCGCCUACUUGAUUUUUUCCUUCUUUCUCUCGGGCUUUGUCUACCCCAUCGUGGCCCAUUGGGUUUGGUCGUCUAGUGGGUGGCUAAGCCCGAACUCGAGCUCGCGACUGUUCGGGUCGGGGGCCAUUGACUUCGCGGGCAGCGGCGCCGUCCAUUUGGUGGGCGGCGUCGCCGGGCUCUGGGGGUGUAUCAUCGAGGGCCCGAGAGUGGGCCGGUUCGAUGCGUUCGGGAAGUCCGUGAUUAUGCGCGGGCAUAAUGCGACCCUGGUGGUUCUCGGCACGUUCCUCUUGUGGUUCGGUUGGUUCGGGUUCAACCCGGGGUCGUUCAACAAGAUAAUGGUCGCCUACCCGACCACGGUCGGCCAGGGGAACUGGACGGCCGUGGGGCGGACGGCGGUCACCACCACGCUGGCCGGCUCCACCGCUGGCAUUGUCACGCUGUUCGGGCGGCGGAUGCUGGCGGGCCACUGGGACGCCCUGGCAGUGUGCAACGGCGUCCUGGGCGGGUUCGUGGCAAUCACGUCGGGCUGCGCCGUGGUGGAGCCGUGGGCGGCGAUCGUGUGCGGGUUCUUCGCCGCCUGGGUCCUGAUCGGGCUCAACGCGGUGGCGUUGAGGCUCCAGAUCGACGACCCGCUCGAGGCGGCACAGCUGCAUGGCGGGUGCGGGGCGUGGGGGCUGAUCUUCACUGGGCUGUUCGCGAAGGAGGAGUUUGUGGUGCAGGCGUACGACGCGGGGCGGGCCGGGGUGCAGGGGCGGGCGUACGGGGUGCUGGUCGGGGGCGGGUGGGGGCUGGUGGGGGCGCAGGUGGUGGAAGUGGUGGUGAUAUUGGUGUGGGUCAGCGUGACCAUGGGGCCGUUGUUUUACUUGCUGCAUUGGCUUAGGAUCUUGAGAAUCUCCAUUGAUGAAGAAGUUGCAGGGCUUGAUAUAUCCAGUCAUGGAGGGUAUGCAUACAAUGCUCAUGAACAAGAAGACACUGCUCCUAGGUUUUAUGGAGACUAUGUGAGAAUGCAUAAUAAUUCCUAGUUUAUGUUCUCUUCGAAUUCUCUGUUUUUGCUUGUGUUUAUGUGAUUAUGAUUUGUAUGUAAAUGUACAGUAAAAUAUCGUGUGACAAAGGUUUGUCAGUUUGUGUAAAUUUUUUAUUUCAUUCA